GGAAAAUGCAACAAGUACUGGUGAAAAAAGGUGAAAUUAAAAAAAAAAACAUCAUGUGUCAUGUCACAUGUGUGUUUUGUUGAUUGAUGUACUCUAAAUUUUCCAAGCUCAGAAAAGUCAAGCACACCACAAAUCGCGAUCUAUCAAAUUCAAAUCCACUUAGAUGAACAUAAACUCGUUUUUAUUUAUUUUUCAAUAAUCUUAAAAACAUCUACAAGAAACACAGUUUCCAACAAAUAAACACAUACAAUGUUUCGUUACAUCUUAGUUUUGUUAUUGUUAUUGUUAGUAUCAUCCUACGAUGUUUAUUCACAUGAGGAGUCGGGUCCAUGGAGCUGUGAAACCGGGUCAGAGAUUCACGUUGAGUCCGAAUUUCAACCCGGUGUUAUUACACUUGAUGGUCAUGCCGAUGAUUGGAAGGACAUUGAUGGGUCCCACUUUUCUCUUCUUCUUGCUCUCGACCCUGAUGCUGAAAAUGAAUUUAAUGGCGGAAAAAUGACCGUGAAGAGUGUGCAUGAUGGCCGUGAUAUUUUCUUUUUGUUGCAAGUUGAUGGUGAUUAUGCCUACUCUAAUGGUGAAAGCAAGAAAUGUCCCUCUGUUGCACUCAUGUUUCAAAUUGGGGAUGGUGCCUCUUAUCAUAAUAUGGGUGGCUGUGAGGAACAUUCAACCUCGUGCACAAAUAAGACCUGCAAAGGUCAUGAAGUUGACAUUAUGCACUUUUCAAUUGGAAAUGCUAUUCCGGGACGGCUUUAUGGCGGGAAUCCCAUUGACAAUAGGGAUGGGAAUGGCGGUGACAGGUUUGGCCAUUUGGUUGAUCUUUAUGCCUGGAAUCCACACUGCAGAUACUUGGAUGGAACUGGUCCUUCAGGUUCUGUUAAUGAUUCUAGUGCACAGAAUGACUGGAAAGGUGCUUGGUGGCAUAGCAGCUUUACAGUUCACUCAGGUUUUGUAAAGGAUGAGAACCCUUAUGCAGAAAAUGGAAAAAAGGGCACAUAUUUUUUUGAAUUCUCUAGGCCUUUGAGGACUAUGGAUCAUCUGCAACAGGAUGUGCAAUUCACCAUUGGCGGAACAAGCAAGAUGUCUGUCGGAUUCUGGUAUCCAGUAGACGGUAAGCCAUGGCGCGGUUCCGGACACUACUCUGUCAACUGUGAUUGGGUUCCAAUUGAUAUAUCUCAGAGCAGUUCAUUGAGUGGCAAGUCAGUGGAGACAGCAUCAAGUAGCUCAUGGAAUUUUGCAAGUGCAUUUUCGCUUAUACUUUCAGUAGCAGCACUUUGUGUGUCUGUGUUUGUGAGCUAUCGGGUUUUACACCCCAAGAGUGUAGCCUUUACUCCUAUGGAGAACCUUUAAAUAGUGUAUCAAACAGCUUGAGUUUGGGAUUGUACUAUUCAUUUACGAUUGUACUAUAUAGGUUUGUAGUUUGUACUGUUUAGUGCUUUCUCUUGCCCUAUUUUUUAAUUCUAUUUGAAGUAUUACUUUAGUUAUUUUAGUUAGUGUCAGAAAAGUGUUGGU